AGCGAGGCGGUCCGUUUACGUGCAGCGAGGCGGUGCGUUUGCGUGCACUGAGGCGGUGCCUGCUCCAGACUGCAGCGGCGGGGCAGAGCUGUUCGUUUCAGAAAUGGCGGAGGGGGAGUUGGACGUCGACUCGCUGAUCUCCAGGCUUUUAGAGGUACGAGGAUGUCGGCCCGGGAAGAUCGUGCAGAUGACGGAGGCGGAGGUUCGCGGCCUCUGCAUCAAGUCCCGGGAGAUCUUCCUCAGUCAGCCAAUCCUCCUGGAGCUGGAGGCUCCGCUCAAAAUCUGUGGCGACAUCCACGGACAGUACACAGACCUGCUGAGGCUCUUUGAGUACGGCGGCUUCCCUCCCGAGGCCAACUACCUGUUCCUGGGGGACUACGUGGACAGAGGGAAGCAGUCCCUGGAGACCAUCUGCCUUCUGCUGGCCUACAAGAUCAAAUACCCCGAGAACUUCUUCCUGCUCAGGGGCAACCACGAGUGCGCCUCCAUCAACCGCAUCUACGGCUUCUACGACGAGUGUAAACGCAGAUUCAACAUCAAGCUGUGGAAGACUUUCACCGACUGCUUCAACUGCCUGCCCAUCGCCGCCAUAGUGGACGAGAAGAUCUUCUGCUGUCACGGAGGCCUCUCUCCUGACCUGCAGUCCAUGGAACAGAUCAGACGCAUCAUGAGACCAACAGACGUCCCCGACACAGGCCUCCUGUGUGAUCUGCUGUGGUCCGACCCAGACAAGGACGUCCAGGGCUGGGGGGAGAACGACCGCGGCGUCUCCUUCACUUUCGGAGCCGACGUGGUCAGCAAGUUCCUCAACCGCCACGACCUGGACCUCAUCUGUAGAGCCCACCAGGUGGUAGAAGAUGGUUAUGAGUUCUUCGCCAAGAGGCAGCUGGUGACUCUGUUCUCGGCUCCCAACUACUGCGGAGAGUUCGACAACGCAGGCGGCAUGAUGAGCGUGGACGAAACCCUGAUGUGCUCCUUCCAGAUCCUGAAGCCCUCUGAGAAGAAAGCCAAGUACCAGUACGGAGGGAUGAACUCCGGCCGGCCCGUCACUCCCCCCCGCACAGCCCAGCCUCCCAAGAAACGGUGAAGGAGGACGGCGUCGGCCUGAGACAACGACGAGAGAGAGAGCCGACCGUCUCCCUUGACGGCUUUUCACCACACACAACGAGUAAAAGCAGCAACACACGGCAGAUGAGGAAGUCGGCUGUUUUAAAAGAAACAAAAAUAUUAAAGACACGUCCCCCCCUCUCCUCCUCCAAAAAACAAAAACAAAAAACACUUCAUUGAAACUUUUCUUACCUCCUCCUCCCCCCUCAGAGCUUUCUUCCCUCUGCAUCCGUGUAACAUUUUUAAAAACGAGUGUUAUAUAAAUAAAAAAAAGAGAAGCGAUACAAGGGUGUCAUUCUGUAGCAUAUCGGAGUGUUGAUUUUUUGUUUUUUGUCUCUGUCCUUUGCCCAUUUUCUUGACAGUUUACCACGUCACCUUACUCCCUUCCCCGCCUCCUCCCUCCCUUCCCUCCUCCCGCCUGUACAGACACGACAGGUAUUAAUGACGACUGCUGGGUUUUCAAUAAAUAAUACAGGGAAAGAAA